AUUAUGAGAAAAGCUAUGACAUUAGACGUCUCCCGACCAACCCGCCCUACUUUCAAUUACCAUUGUCAGCUGAGAAACAAAAGCCAUUUGAUCAUGUCUUCCGCUCCAAAGAAGCGCCCCAAACCCAAGUCGUCUUCUUCUUCUCCUUCUCCUUCUCCUUCUGCAAACUUUUCGCUUAAAUCGUUUUUCUGGGAACCACCCGAUAAUUUCUUUCCCUCCAAGGACGACUUCUUCAGACUCAUCGCUGGUCUCGCAAUUGCAGCUUCAAUCGCUGCGGCCUGCAAUUUUUUCGCCAAUUCUUUCAUGAAUACUCAGCCUAAACCUUUCUGCGAUAGCGGUGUGGAUCACUCGGAUUUGCUCUCUGACCAUUGUGAACCUUGUCCAAGUAACGGACAAUGUUAUCAAGGCAAGUUGAAGUGUGAUAGUGGCUAUAGGAAGCGUGGAAACUUAUGUAUCGAAGAUGGAGAUAUUAAUCAAACAGCUAAGAAACUUUCGGAUUGGGUACAAUUGCAUCUUUGUGAAUCUUAUGCUCAAUAUUUGUGUGGUGGACCGGAGAUAAUUUGGGUUCAGGAGGAUGAUGUAUGGAAUGACUUAGAUGGGCACAAGCUGAUGGAACAUGCUGGUUCCGGCAAUGCCAUUACUAACAUUACAAAGCAUAAAGCCACCAGAAUCAUUGAAAAAGUAUUAGAGACUAGGACAAAUGUUCAGGGGUUCAAAGAAUGGAAGUGUCCAGAUGUUCUAGCAGAAAAUUACAAAUCUUUUUCUUGUCGCGUACAUCAAUGGAUCUUCAACAAUGUGCUAGUGAUUUUGCCAGUUUGUGUGCUGCUUAUGGGAUUCAUAUUACUGAUCUGGAAAGUCCGUCAGAAGCUAUAUUUGUCAAAAAGAGUUGAAGAGCUUUAUCAGCAGGUUUGUGAAAUACUUGAAGAGAAUGCCUUGAUGUCAAAUAGAGCGAAUGGAGAAAGUGAACCAUGGGUUGUUGCAUCUAGGUUGCGGGAUCAUCUUCUAUCUCCAAAAGAGAGGAAGAACCCUGUUUUAUGGAGAAAGGUAGAGGAGUUAGUUCAGGAAGAUUCUCGCUUAGAUUGCUAUCCUAAGCUGGUGAAAGGUGAAUCAAAAGUAGUAUGGGAGUGGCAAGUUGAAGGCUCUUUGAGUUCUACAAAGAUAAGAAAAAAGAGUGAGACAAGCAAGUUAAAUUUCACUGAGAACGUGAACAUAUAUUCUGCUCAGCCCCACCACAGAUUAAAGACAGAGGCACAGAUCUUUUGACUUGGGGACAUUUCAAUAUGUAAAAGUCACCAAUAUCUUCUCAAAAUCCAGGGGCCAAAGUGAAAAAGAAGAAAAACAAAGAAACUUAGAACUUAUUUAUUAAGAUAUGCAAUUUUUAACAAUAACAUUGGCGUGUACACAUGUAUGAUGCUGGAUUAGAUGAUUGGUUGGUGGUGAGCUUUUGAAGAAGAAGCCUCUUUUCCCAAGAUGUUUGUAUCAUUAUAAUGUAUUUUAACAUAAUCUAUAUUGUUUUGAAAUAUGAGCUUUUGAGCUUAGUAA